CCUUCUUGUGUCAAGUGAAGUAUCCUGCCGUCACCUGUUCCAAUGGGGGUCCCGCCAACAUCUGGCCUUGUUCCGUUGGGGGUCCUGCAGUCACCAGUUCCUGUUAGUUAAACAAAGCUGAAUAUAGGACAACACCUAAAGGCAGCUGCAAUAAAAAAGGAACUGAACAAACCAAUCAAAACAGAUGCAAUCCAGAAGACUUCACACAACUUAAAAGUGACUAAAGAGAGAUUCACAAAAAUCCUGUUUAUAAAAGCGGCUAACGUAAGGCCUAUAGUGUCCAAAGCGAGACAAAACCAUAAUCAACACAAGACCUGGAUCAGAGGAACACAUCUGUGAGAGUGCUGUUCAUCGACUACAGUUCAGCGUUCAGCACCAUUGGGCCCUCCAAGCUCGUCAUCAAGCUCAGGGACCUCUGGCUCAACGACGCCCUCUGUGACUGGAUCCUGAACUUCCUGACAGGCUGACAAACAGACAGUGGGGGUUGGAAACAUCACAUCCUCCGCCCUGAUCCUCAACACUGGAGCCCCUCAGGUCUGCAUGCUCAGCCCUCUCCUCUACUCCCUGUUCACGCACGACUGCGUGGCCACACAGCUCCAACACCAUCGAGAAGUUUGCUGACGACACGACCGUCAUCGGCCUGAUCACAGACGAGACGGCGUACAGAGAGGAGGUCAGAGCCCUGACAUCUUGGUGCCAGGACAACAACCUCCAUCUCAACAUCAGUAAAACCAGGAGCUGAUUGAUGAUACCAGGAAGCAGCAGAGAGAGGCACACUCACUGGGACUGUGCUAUGAUAAAGACCGAGCAAAACACCCAGAAGUCUUAUAAAGCAGGCAGUGUGUAUUCAACCCGUUCAGCAGAAAACAUUUGACCAUUGGAUGUUUCUGCAAAACCAUUGAAACACUGAAAGUCAUGAAUACUUUCAGAUCUGCCUCACAGCACUGUGCAGACACACACAGGGUCACGUGUGUGUUCAGAAAUAAGCUGAACAGGAAGAGGAGGUGUUCAUCUACAUGCAUGUGCUUCAGUCUGAUGCUCAGUCAUUCAGCAGGAAGUCAACAUGGAGGUCACAGCUCUCUGCUUCACACCGUUGAUGCUGAUUAUCCUGGUUGCACAUGGUCAGAUCCACGAAGCAGCUUUCCGUAUCGUUCCAACCCGACUGCAGCUCUUUGAACAGGAGCCUGUCUCCUUCCACUGCGAGGGUCUCGACGGCUCCACUCGGUUGAGAGGGAUCAGGGAUGCUGAUGAGUUUAUUUCCACUUGUAGUGAGCGGACCCCCGUACUAUACUGCACCAUUGAAAGAGCCUAUAUAGGAGAUAGUGGAGACUACUGGUGUGAGGCUGACGGAGGAGAGAGGAGCAACAGUGUCACCAUCUCUGUCAAUGUUGGCUCUGUGAUCCUGGAGAGUCCUGUCCUCCCGGUGAGAGACGGCAGCGCUGUGACUCUGAGCUGCAGAAACAAGACGAACACUUCCUCCAUCCUCUCAGCUGAUUUCUAUAAAGAUGGCCGCCUCAUCAGGAGCAGCUCUACAGGAAACAUGACCAUCCACAGGGUUUCUAAAUCUGAUGAAGGACUCUACAAGUGUAACAUCUCUGAUGUUGGAGAAUCACCAGAGAGCUGGCUGAUUGUCAGAGCUGGCUCUGUGAUCCUGGAGAGUCCACCCCUUCCUGUGAUGGAGGGAGAGUCUGUGACUCUGAGCUGCAGAACCAAGACCUCCAUCCUCUCAGCUGAUUUCUAUAAAGAUGGCCGCCUCAUCAGGAGCAGCUCUACAGGAAACAUCACCAUCCACAGGGUUUCUAAAUCUGAUGAAGGACUCUACAAGUGCAGCAUCUCUGGUGCUGGAGAAUCACCAGAGAGCUGGCUGGCUGUCAGAGCUGUUCACAGAGAGACGUGUCCCUGCUCGGAUCACUCCCUGUACGUCCUCCUCGUCUUAAGGACUGUGUUCACCGUAGUGAUGGUGGCUCUGCUGCUGCUGCUGGUGGGACUGCUGCACUGUGGGAAACUCAGGGUUACACAGAAAUAACUCAUGAGAAAGAUCAGAGUCUGGUCAUCAAGAUAAUGACCACCACGAGCUUUAAUGCUUUAGCUCAGGUUGUGUGUAAGGUGUGUAACCUCUCUGUGUUCCAUGAUCGUACGUGCAGCGGCUGUUAGACUUUCUCACACAGAGACAAAGUGAAACCACAGAGGUACUGACUGACGCAUUUAUUUUAGAAGGCGAGCUGAGGGUACGAUGUUCUGAGCUUUAUUUUAGACUCUACAGAUACUGCUGAUGCUUUCUGCUCUCACACAUGUUUGUAUAAAUAAAUGAAUACAUGUGUGAGGAGGCCUUCGGGGGACUUUUAUGAACGAGUAACAACAUAUAAAGAGCAGUGAGGUUUGAACGUGGUAAUACCUGCUAGAUGGUAAGCGUGCUAACUUUGGCUGAUAGCUCAAAGGCCGGCUGUGAGCCUCACAGAGCAACAGUUUAAUAUAAUCACCAGGAUGAAGGUCUCCACUUUGCUCGAUCUGUUUCCAUUCAGCCAACAAUAUCACACUCUGAUAUCAACAGGUGAACACACAGCUGGACGACACACACUGCCUCCACAGGGUCACAAACUGUCCCACACACCUGACUCUGACCACCAGCUGAUUACCUGCACUCUGAAUGAAUGCUCCCCCUGUGGUCAAUGUCAGAACUGCAUGUGAUGGAGCAUUCACUGCUGAUCAAAUCAAACACACAACACACACUAUGGCUCCGACACAGCAUAUAAUUAAAACACCUUAAAAUAAACGUUAUCCAUCACAUGAGUUCAUUCAGACAUAUUCAGAAGUUAACAAAACAUCAAACACAUUUUUAUAUCUUAACCACAUAAACUGGAAUGGUAAAUCACAAUAUGCACGGUCUACAAAACAAAGAAGGAGUUACAAAGAUCUGAUGCACAUUUGAAAUCAGCUGAACAAUCAUUUCUUGAGAAACUUGUAUCUGAUGACUUGCUGCAGCUCACAUUUAGUAUGAAUAAGAGUGGAAUAGUUAACGUUUCAUGUUGAUAUUCUGUACGGUAAAGAGUAGAUUCAGUGAAAUAUCAAAGCAGUGUCCACAGAGUAAAGGCAGGUCUUUAAACACAACAUGUUCCAACUGGUGAAUAAACCUGAACAGUGAAAGCAAAGUGUGUGAUUUCAUAUCUAUAGAAGUGAAGGGUUGAGUCUUCCUGUCCCUGUUGGUAAUGUUCAGAUAUUUUAUAAAGCUCUAACUUUUCUCUCGUGGCUUUUUCCUGUUGCUGAUAAAUCUGCUCCGUCUCUGCACACAACUUCUGAACAACACGGGGAAAAGUUCAA